UGUAGCGAGAAAUUACGUACCUAUGUGAUUCGAGCGCGCAGUUCCAUGAUGGAACCACAGAUGUCACCCGAACCUGGCACUUUGGCCAACCAACGCAACAUCAAAUCGAUUGCUUCACACGAGUAUUAAAAGGUCAAAUUUCGAUGGGAACAGCCGUGUUCCCAAUUAAAGUGAAGGGAAUGUUUUUAGAUAUACUGGCACGAAAGUCGCUUUGGGAUGUUGGUCUAGACUAUGGUCAUGGCACUGGUCAUGGGAUCGGACACUUUUUGAAUGUGCACGAAGGCCCAAUCGGAAUUGGAAUGUAUCGAUCAAUGCCAGACGACCCAGGACUUCAAGAGAAUAUGUUUGUUUCAAACGAGCCCGGCUACUACGAAACGGGUCAAUUUGGUAUUCGGAUCGAGGACAUCGUGCAAAUUGUGCCAGCAAAAGUUGAAAACAAUUUCAACGGCCGUGGUGCGCUCACGUUCAAAACCGUCACAAUGUGCCCCAUUCACACAAAACUCAUCAACAAAAAUCUUUUAACCGAAAAAGAGAUCACCCACAUCAACAACUAUCAUGCAACGGUCAGAGAUACUUUGGAGCCGCUUUUGCAAGAGGAAGCCGAUGACUUUACCAUGCAAUGGUUGGAAAAGGAAACGCGAGCCAUAUAAACGCAAAGCGUAGUUGAUUGCAAUGAAUCUACGUUACAUUCAAAUGAAAGACCAAAUGCAGCCAUUGCAAUUUUUUUUUUGAAAUAUUUUUUUAUGCAAAUCGAUUUUAUUGUUUUUCAGAAGUUCACUUUAAAUGUCAUUUAAUAAUAAAAGCAAAAAAAUU